AUGGCCAAAUUGGGCUUUUCGGCCGUGCUUUUACAAAUCAUCCAAGUUAAUGCAAUUCCUUGGGAGGCAGCUCCUUCAACAUCGAUCGCAAAUCAGACUACGUCUUGGCUACCGAUUCAGACACCAAAGCCUUCUUUGAUUACAGCGUCGUUUCUCAGCGCCAAUCAUACCCACGAGUCACCAAAUAUCUGUGGAUGGGUAGAUCACAACCCUGAUAAUUCAUAUACAUGUGGGGGUUCCGCAACCUGCUUUUGGGAUUCUUCACUUAAAUUAGUGGGAUGUGGACAUACGACGUCGAUGGAUUAUUUCACCUCUUGCAUUCCCUACAAGGCACUUAGUUAUUGUGAUAGCUCCUGCUUUGCAAAUCCGAGUAUUGUUCGUUGUGGCUCCGAUAUUCCCUACUGCGCAACUCCUCGUGUCGGGCCCGAAGGAAAUUAUUCAAUCCUUGCAUGUCAGGGACAUAAACCAUAUGGAAGAUCAGAUAUAAAUUUGGUGUACAAAGGACAAACAACAGUCGGUCAUCUUCCAAGAUAUCUUGGUGCAGACGGUAUCGUUACAUAUGCUACGCAUACACCGAAAAUGCCAUCAUUAACCGCACCAAGCACCGGAAAUCGCUCAUCCUUGGGAUUCGAUGGUGUACCAGUACAAGUCUCAGGCACAUUUCUCCAAAAACCAUCAUCCAAUUGUCAUUCCAAAGCCUAUCAUAAUGGAAUCAGUGAUAUGAGUGCCGUCCCCGAAGCAGCUAUUGUGGCAGGAACUAUUGUAGGGAGUUUGGUGGUUAUAUGUGCAGUAGCCGGCUUCAUUUUGUUUCUUGUUUAUAGAUAUAUGAGACGGAUGCCUACUGCUAAUAUGCAGGCGGAUCUUGAUAUGAUGCCUCUAGAAGAAUUGGUGGGGAGGAAAACUAGUAAUGGUCGGCUAUGCGGACCAGCGCCUCGUGGAUCGUUAACAUCGCGAAGGUUUUAG